AUGGCAUUCAAGGCAGCAUUACUCUGCGUGGUCGCUUGUUUGGCCCAACAGUCCUUAGCUGGCUGUGGCUGCAGCUCCGGUAGAGUGAUCGUCAAAGAAAUCGACGAAAUAAGUUACAAACCAAUUUCUAUUCGACCGCAAAGCGCUGGUAGAGUGAUCGUCAAAGAAGAAAUCGAUAAGAUAAGUUACAAUCCGAUCGCUGUUCGACCGAGCAUUUCGAGCAACAGCUUAUCCAUCGACGUACCCAGUUAUGGAGGUUCCCUGGCUGUUUCCAGCAUCGGUCCGAUCUCGCCCUCCGGCAUCGCCGUCGCUACAGACCUGGGUCUGGCUGGAGACCUGGUGCUCUCCGGUGAGCUGCCGUACUUGAGCGCGGUGGCGUUCGAGGGCAGUUUUGACGCCAGUGGCGCCGUGCCGGUGGCGUACGGCUGUGGAGACAACGUCGGCAUCACGGAACAAAUCGGAGGCAUUGGCUCUGCUUCCUUGGUUGGAGGGAAUCUCGGCUCCGCUUCCUUACUUGGAGGGAAUAUCGGCUCCGCUUCCUUACUUGGAGGGAAUAUCGGCUCCGCUUCCUUACUUGGGGGGAAUAUCGGCUCCGCUUCCUUACUUAGAGGGAAUAUCGGCGCUAGUUCUUAUGGCUCUUCUUACCUUGGUUGUGGAUGUUAA